UGAAUGAGCGUAACGCUGCCCUAAUCGAAUCCUAAACUCGCCCAAACAAACCCGUACCAGGCGGCUCCAGCUGAUAGCUCAGCUGAUUCUGGGUGACAGGAGAGGUCGAAGUAUCGAAGACCAAUUUUCGCGUUUAUUUUAUGAUUACAAUUAAGGUGGAGACACAAUGUUCUCAGGGGUUGUUCGUGAGCCUUCCAAAACAGAAGAGGAAAGACUGAGAUUUAUUGAAAGAACCACAAAAUUAUUACAUGAUGAGAAGAAUCCAUGUACUAAGGAACAUAAUCAAUCGUACAAGUGUUUAGAAGAUAAUGACUAUGAUCGGAACAUGUGUGCUUGGUAUUUUGAAAAUUACAAAAGGUGUAAGGAAUUCUGGAAUGAUAUUCGAGUGCAACGUAGAAGGGCGGGUAUAGUGCCAAAUUUACCUCCACUAGAAGAACGUGAAGAGAUUAAGAGACAACAUAUGGAGAGAAUGAGAUCAGAAGCUAAUAAAUAGCACUAAAAUGGGAUGUAUACAGGGGUGCACAAUUGGACAAAAUUCUUGUUUCAAAAUAUCUUUAUUCAGGCAUCAUGUCUCUUGAUAAAGCUUCAUAUUGAAAAUGGAAGCAUAUGGUUGUCUAUGUAUAUAUAGAUUGCUAAGAUUUAAGUGCUGGAUGUGUGGGCCCUUGUAUUUUGGACAAGAGAAGCGGUGCUUUCAGUAUGUUAUGGCCAUUGGCCCUUGUAUUUUGAAGGUAGUACUGAAAUUUGCAUUGUUAAGUAGCCAGUGGAGUAUCAAGAACACUGGUGAUAUAGCAAUAUAUUUUUAAUACCAAGCCAUCACUUUAUUGCUGUUUGUUUUAAGUCUUGUAUUUUAUUUCUUUGAAAGCAUAUUAUGAAUACAGUUUAACCAUACCACAAAAUUAAAACAACUCUUAUAGCCCUAAUGUUACAUACGAUUUUUGUGAAUUCUUUGAACAGGCAUGUGCCUAAAUUUAAGCAAUAAUUUCUUCCAGCAUUCAUUUCUUAUAGAAUGGUAUUUUUGUUUUGCCCAUAAUAAAACUUGUGAAAUAA